CUGACGUAAAUUAUUUUCAGUGUAGUAAAUAUGGCUGACGAACUCAAUGUUGACAGUCUUAUUCACAGGCUUUUAGAAGUAUACAGGCUGCAACAGGACACUGCACGGAGAAAAGGGAAAUUGAAAGACAUCUUUUCAGGAGAAUUUCGAGGAUGUCGUCCUGGAAAGACAGUUCAGAUGUCAGAGUCGGAGGUCCGGGGCCUCUGUACCAAAUCCCGGGAAAUAUUUUUGCAACAACCAAUACUAUUGGAGCUUGAAGCACCAUUGAAAAUUUGUGGUGAUAUACACGGCCAGUACACGGACUUGCUGCGUCUAUUCGAAUAUGGCGGCUUUCCGCCCGAAGCCAACUAUCUAUUUUUGGGGGAUUACGUGGACCGCGGCAAGCAGUCGCUGGAAACCAUAUGCCUGCUGCUCGCGUAUAAAAUAAAAUUCCCCGAGAAUUUCUUUCUGCUGCGAGGCAAUCAUGAGUGCGCCAGCAUCAAUCGUAUUUAUGGCUUCUAUGACGAAUGCAAACGUCGGUAUAACAUAAAACUGUGGAAGACAUUCACUGAUUGUUUCAAUUGCCUGCCCAUUGCCGCUAUCAUUGAUGAGAAGAUCUUCUGUUGUCAUGGUGGUCUAUCUCCUGAUCUUCAGGGUAUGGAGCAGAUUAGGAGAAUAAUGAGGCCCACAGACGUCCCUGAUACAGGUUUGCUGUGUGAUCUGCUGUGGUCGGAUCCGGACAAAGAUGUCCAGGGAUGGGGCGAGAACGACCGCGGCGUGUCGUUCACGUUCGGCCCCGACGUCGUCAGCAAAUUCCUCAACAGACACGAGCUGGACUUGAUCUGUCGAGCCCAUCAGGUGGUAGAAGACGGCUACGAGUUCUUUGCAAAGAGGCAGCUGGUGACGUUAUUCUCGGCGCCGAACUACUGCGGCGAGUUCGACAACGCCGGUGGAAUGAUGUCCGUUGACGAAACUCUUAUGUGCUCCUUCCAGAUUUUGAAGCCAUCCGAGAAGAAGGCGAAGUAUCAGUACAACGGAAUCAACAGCGGGAGACCGGGCACACCUCAGAGGUCUCCCCCGAAGAAAAAAUAACUGGCAUUUGGUAUUCAGUGCGCAGCUCAGUGAGACGGAUGCUACAAAUGAUUAAAUUAUAUUAUAUUGUAAUUACUAUCUUUUAGAGUAGUCAUUUGACACAGCCGAAUAAGAACUAUGUAAUAGUUAUAAAAUAUUUAUGAAUUUUAUUGUGCCUUCUGUUUUAAAAUUCUCAGGUUAUAGUUGAUUUUUUGUUACGUUUAUUUGCAUAUUUUAUUCGGCAUGACUAAUGACGAUAGCUUCUUUGUCUUUGCAUCAACACAUGUUACGAUGAUAUUAUAGAUUAAUUUAGAUGUGGCAGGUAAUCUUGUAGUGUCACUACAUUUCAUAAUUUAUGUUUAGAGAUUGAUGGAUUGCUUUGUUAUUAAUUAUUAUUAAUCUAACUAAUGUGCCUAUAAAUGUAAAGUAUAUAAUAAUAUAGGUCUUUGUAUUAUAGACUGCUUCAGAAAAUUCAAAAUUUUAACUCCUAUGAACUUUUUAAAAUUGUCUAGAAACGCAGAUGAGACAGUCUUCGUUUCUCCCGGUUUUUUUUUAAAUAAAAGGUCACUGAAAGAGCUGGCCUAAGACUCGACAUUGAUUUCUUUCUAGCGGAUAAGUAUUUCAGUUCUAGAACUUCAUUGCGUAUGGGAGACCUUCUCAAAUCCCAGUGAAAUUUAUGUUAUUUUGCCAACAGUAUUAGUAUAACGAAUAAGUAUUGACAAAAUUAAUUGGCAGAUUAAUAUUGAUCUCCCGUUUUGAGGCUUUAACUUGGCAAUUAGUCUCACUCUUUAACUCUUAAUGGUGGUAGAUGCAGUGUAGUCCUCGCAACAAUAGUGCAAUUGCUAUAAUAUAAUGAUAUUAAAUAUUUAAAAUUAUAUGCAGGUUUUGCAUUGUACAAUUUUAUUUUAUAGCUAUGUUAACAAAUGUCAGAUAUUCAAUAAUAAAUUUUACUAUAUAAAGUAAGAUGUUUAUUUUAAAUUUCAUAAGAAUUUUUCAUUGUCACAAUGCUAUGUGAAAUAAUUAUUAUCUUGUAAUUUUAUUCAUAUUACAUAUGUUUCAGAGGUCACUUCAUUGUUUUAAAUUCAUAUUAGUGUCAUGAGCUCAUUAAAAUUUUAUCUAUGCUAGUAGUUAGUACACAAAUAUAUGUUGCAAACUUAGCAUUUAUGUAAUAACUCAUUUGUUGAACACUUCAUAUUACACUUAAAUAAUUCUCUAUUUUCAUCUACACUAGUUUCAAAUAUUGAGUUUUUAAAUUAUUAUACUUAGAUACUAAAUUUAUGUUGUAUUUUCUCAAGUGUGUACAAUUUUCUGAAAUAUAAAUUUUUUCCUCAA